ACAAACCCUAGGCUGACACAAAAGAAUCGAUUCGAAAUCAAAAGGUCUCUCUUCUCGAUCAAUCUCGAUACAGCGGUGAAAUCAGAAAUGUCAUCGGUACUAAUCAAAACAUCACGAAGCAGAUCCGUCUUUCUCUGGCAAACUCACAGAAGCAAAAUCAGAAGUAUUUUUUCAUCAUAUAACUCCCUCUCUGAUGCAGAUUCCAAUGAUUCAGUUUCGCCUUCUGGGAUCUCCUCAAUUUCAACAAGAAGCUUCAAAACCACAUCUUUCGGAUUCGAAUCAGGAAAAAUCUCUCAUAUGAAUCCGAAUUUUGGUAACUUUGCUUAUCCUGGGAACAGCUUUGUCUCUACGACUAGACCAUUGAGCUCAGAGGCUGUAUCUGUGGCUGCAACUUGUGACGGACUUACUGUAGAACGUAUCAUAGCGAAUCAAUGGCCGAUCUUAGAUGAGAACGAGAGUGAUUGGAAGAGCCACGCUGCAGCAAUUUCACAGUCUAUACAAGUCAUCAAGCGACGGUUACAGUGGAAAAAACUCUUAGUGAGGCUGAAAAUGUUAUCUUUAGAGCUGAAUAAGCCUGAUCUAUGGGAUGAUCCAGACCACGCUGGUAAGAUAAGCAGGGAGCACGGCUCGCUAAUGGGGAAAAUGAAAGGAGUUAUGACCUUCGAGAGAGAACUGCUUGAACACAUUGACAUGUUGAAACUCGCUAAAGAGGAGAACGAUUCAGAGUUAGAAUCGGAAACUUUGAAGGCAUUGAUGGACAUGAGAAGGGUUUCGAAAGAGAAAGAACUCGAGGCUUUGUUAGCUGCGGAGAACGAUCCUUGUUCGUGUUACAUCGAGGUUCAAGCUGGAGCAGGAGGAACAGAGAGCAACGAUUGGGCGUCAAUGGUGAUGGAUAUGUACAAAACUUGGGCUCAACGGCGUAAAUUCUCGGUCACCGUGGUUGAUGAAAUGCCUGGGGAGAUUGCAGGAAUCAAGCUAACUGAUUCAAGUACGGCUAAUUACAAUGCUCCUGCACGAGACUGAGACCAGACCUUAUCAGACUGCGCUAGACUAACCGUGCGACAAUCAAAGUGAACGGUGAAUACGCGUAUGGAUACGCCAAAGCAGAAGUUGGAGUUCAUAGGCUGGUGCGUAUAUCACCAUUUGACAGUGGGAAGCGGAGGCACACUUCGUUUGCUGCGGUUGCGGUGAUUCCGAUUCUUGGUGACGGGUCGACCCGAGUGCAGAUCAAUGACUCGGAUCUCCGGAUAGAGCGGUUCCGUUCUGGAGGAGCUGGUGGACAGCAUGCUAACACGACGGACAGUGCUGUGAGAAUCAUUCACAUACCAACUGGUAUAACAGCAACUUGUCAAAAUGAAAGGUCGCAACAUAUGAACAAGGCUUCAGCAAUGGCAGUACUACAGUCACGGUUAGACCAACUUGAGAUGGCUCGUCAGACAGCAAUGAACGCUCAACAUACACAAUCACUAACCGAGAUUAGCUGGGGAAACCAGAUAAGAACUUAUGUUCUCCAUCCAUACAGAAUGGUGAAGGAUCUGAGAACAAACUACGAAGUCUCUGAUCCUGACUCGGUUCUUGAAGGGGACUUGGAUGGUUUCAUCUUGAGCUUCUUAUCUUCUUCUUUGGACAAAAAUGAUGAAGAACAUUAAGCUUUUUGGAUCUUGAGCUAUAUUUGCCUCUUCAGUAGUUAGUCUUAAGAGAGUUAUAAACUGUUAGACAUUGUUAAUUAUCAUUGCGAGAGUAUAGUUGGUUAAAACAUUGAGAGAAAUUGAGUUUGGAAAACUCCACUGAAUUAUCUGCCUAAACGCCUAAAUAAAUUGAUAUGUGAACCAUUGAUCUUCAACGCCUACCUAAUAAUGCUUUAGUUGAUUUGAGUUUGGUUCUAUUGUUUUCUUAUUGAUUUCAUUUGUGAAUUUGCAGUGACAAUAGCAACCCG